AUGCUUACACUCUCCACGGCAGCGUUACUGGCAGCAGGCUUCAUAGUCCUCCUCUUGCGCCUGUUCCAUCAUCGAAGGAGCCUUCGACAACUCCAGGGUCCGCAGCGCCUUUACAGCCUGCUCGGCCAUGAGGUUCAUAUGAGCCGGCAGGAUGAGGUUGGAGACCUAGAGUUCAAAUGGCUGCGCCAGUUCGGACCCACAUGGAGGAUUCAGGGCGCGUUCGGGGCGGACGUCCUCAUGACGGGCGAUCCUAAGGCCUUGCAGCACAUCUUCCACAAGUCUGGUCACCGCUACGCGAAGACGGUGUCGCAGAACCACAUGAACUAUCUCCUCGGAGGCCCCAACAUUGUGUGGGCUGCAGGGGCGGACCACCAGCGACACCGCAAGGUCAUGAAUCCAGCCUUCAGUGCACCUCAGCUGCGCUCUUUCUUGCCGUUGUUUCAACGCAUCACGGGCAAGCUCACCGAGAAGUGGAAGAGGGACCUGGCAGGUUCCUCUGAGCUCGAAACGGCGGUCAACGAAUGGUUCUCGCGCACUACACUCGAUAUCAUCGGGCAGGCGGGGUUCGACUACGACUACCGUGCUCUUGAUGAAAACGAAGAAAGUGCUCUCGCGAAGGCGUAUCAUGGCGUCCUAGCUCGCUUUUCUAACAGCAAAGACGCCGAGUUCCGUCUGCCCAAGGCAACCAUGCUGUUCCGCGCCACGUGGACAUACCUUCCGCAGUCCGUCCUGCAGAUGUUCCAAUACAUCCCCGCCGACCCGUUCGCCCGUCUGCUGAACCUGAGGAAGGUCUUCUCCAGAUACGGACAGCAGAUGCUGAGCGAGAAGCGGCCCGAGAUCGACACCGUGGAGAAGGACUCCCGUGGCAAGGACAUCAUGAGCGUUCUCAUCAAAGCAAACGCAUCUUCGGACGCGAAGACCCGCCUGGACGACGACGAAUUGAUGGCAGAGAUGUUCACGCUCACGCUGGCCGGACACGAGACCACCGCAACCACGCUCACCUUCCUCCUAUACGAGCUGGCCCGGAACCCCGAGUACCAGAACCGCAUGCGUGAGGAGGUUCAGCAGACACGUGCCCGCGUCAUCGCUCGCGGCGACACCAACUUCACGAUGGAAGACUUGGACAGCAUGACGCUGUGCAUGAACGCGAUCAAGGACGACGUGCUCCCGUUGUCGAUCCCUGUUGUCUCGACCUCCGGCGAGACUAUAACCGAGAUUCCUAUCAAGAAGGGGCAAGGCUUUGUUACGUCGUUCGCCGCGUAUCAUCGCCUUCGUGAAGUCUGGGGCGACAACCCCGACAUCUGGAACCCUGAUCGAUUCUUCCAUAUUGACGUCGAGAAGCAGAUCAACGUUGGUGUCUUCGCGAACCUAAUGACGUUCUCUGCUGGUGUGCGCGGGUGUAUCGGCUGGCGCUUCUCUAUCAUUGAGAUGCAGGCCGUGGUUGCAGCGAUCGUCGAACAAUUCCAGUUCCGCUUGCCUGCAGGCGCCGCGGUCUCCGACCCCAAGAAGUCGCAGAUCCAGCGGGCUCCAGCCGGUGGUGCCAUGGUCCCGCUUACCCGCGGCCAGCCCGAGCUCGGGCCUAACUUGCGCCUUCGCGUCUCUCUGGUCCAGGCCGAGUGA